AAAUAUUCUCCCACUCGUUCCUGUAAUUACUAGAUUCGAUAAUUGCGGAGGUUCAGUUCAGAGAGCUCACUUCCGCAGAUCCUCUUCCAACGACGCGUGAAUCCGAGCAACUGACCCCAAUCGUCAUCCGCUCAGUCGAAGUCGCGCCGCUAUCGAAUUGAGGAUCGCGAGCGGUCUGGGUUUGCUAUUUGGGUGGGGCUGUUACAUGUAUGAAUUUGCAUUCCCACGUUGGACAUUCUAUUGGAUAGAACUAAGAUCUGGAGGUACUGUUUCUGGCUGUGAACACCAUUGGACAGUAGGGGGUAAAUAUUUGAUGGAUCAAAUCUGAGAGUUCAUCAAAGUUUUUGGAAACGGUUGCCUAAAGGCAUCUGAGAAGGAGUAAGGUGAUUUUGAGGAGUAAAAGUUAAAAAUCUUUACUCUCACCCCGAAAGCUUCCUUAUGUCAGUAAUUUUUACAGGUUUUGCUACUGCUGCAACUUCCAAGUAUGAGUCUGGCAUGCCUUGUGUGCCAUAGUUCUGAAAGUCCGUCUCAUUCUUUUAGGAGUUACUCUGUUUCUAGUUCAGAAAACGAUGGAAGGUGCUCUGCAAUCGCCAACUGCUUGACCAUGAAACCAUCUCUUCCUUUGCCUCCAACAAGAUCUGCCAUAUCGACAUCCAAAGUGACACCUCAGCCAAAUAUGCCUGCUGGAAUUACUGGUGCACCACGGCUUGUACGGAGUCAUGCCGUUAGAAGGGAUAUUGUGAGGGACUGGAACUUUGAUGAGGUCGUGACUAGGAUGGAACGCUAGACACUUCGCGUCAAUGUCAGGAUAGCAGGUGCUCUUUAUCUUGGAACUGUGUUAUACUACUUGUUUUCCACGUAGAUUAGCUACGGAUAUCUAAAGUGAAAUUUCUAUUGGGGAGGGUCUUCAGAUUUGCUAGUUGUAACGUUGUGACAGAAGUAAAUGCCCAACUUUAUCUACAUUUCUUGGCUUUCCUGUCUGGAUAGGUUUAACUGUGAUUAAUAGCAUUCAUAUUUUCCAAGAAC